AUGUCAAGAGAAAAUCUUUUGAUUAUACGGUUUGCAUAUCAGAGUCUUGGUGUAGUUUAUGGAGAUUUGGGAACUUCACCAUUAUACGUUUUCUAUAACACAUUUCCUCAUGGAGUUGAUGAUCCGGAGAAUGUGAUUGGAGCUCUUUCUUUAAUCAUAUACUCUCUUACUUUUGUGCCUCUGCUCAAAUAUGUUUUUAUCGUAUUAAGAGCAAAUGACAAUGGUCAAGGCGGAACGCUAGCUCUUUAUUCCUUGCUCUGCCGACAUGCAAAUAUAAAAAUCAUGCCGAACCAACAUCAUACUGAUGAAGAGUUGACAACAUAUAGCCGGACGACCUCUCUUGAGAAAUCAUUUGCUGCAAAAACUCAAAGAUGGUUAGAGGGACGAUCAUUUAUUAAGAAAACCAUUCUUGUUCUUGUCCUUGUUGGUACAUGUAUGGUGAUUGGAGAUGGUAUUCUUACCCCAGCUAUAUCUGUUUUAUCAGCUGUUGGUGGCAUCAAGGUAAAUCGCUCUGAAGUGGAUAAUGAUGUAGUUGUGAUUGUUGCUGUUGUAAUAUUAGUAGGACUAUUCAGCAUGCAACGUUAUGGUACAAAUAAAGUUGGCAUGCUAUUUGCUCCCAUUGUUCUGCUUUGGUUUCUCUUAAUUGGAGGUAUAGGUAUAUACAACAUCUCAAAAUUUGGUGGCAGUGUCCUAAAAGCCUUUUCACCUUUGUACAUGUAUCGAUAUUUAAGAUACGGAGGCAAAGAUAAUUGGCUUUCCCUUGGUGGAGUUUUGCUUAGCAUAACAGGGACAGAAGCUCUUUUUGCCGACUUGGCCAAUUUUCCAGUUUCAUCAGUACAAAUUGCAUUUACUCUUGUUGUGUUUCCUUGCCUUCUUUUAGCAUAUUCUGGACAAGCUGCUUAUCUGGUGAAUAACUUGAAUCAUUCACAAGAUGUUUUUUAUCGUUGUAUUCCAGACGCAAUAUAUUGGCCAGUAUUUGUUAUUGCGACAUUGGCAGCAAUAAUUGCAAGUCAGGCCACAAUAACAGCAACCUUUUCAAUCAUUAAACAAGCCCUUGCUCAUGGAUGUUUCCCAAGAGUCAAAGUUGUACAUACAUCGAAAACGGUUGCUGGCCAGAUAUAUAUUCCAGAUAUCAAUUAUAUCCUUAUGGUUCUUUGCAUUGCUGUUACUGUUGGCUUUAAAAAUGAAAGCCAGAUUGGAAAUGCUUAUGGCACUGCAGUUGUGUUAGUAAUGUUGUUUACAACACUAUUGAUGACUUUGGUGAUGAUAUUAGUUUGGCACUGUCAUUGGAUUCUUGUUUUUUUAUUCACCGGCUUAUCAUUGAUUGUCGAAUGUACAUACUUCUCUAUUGUACUCUUCAAAAUCGAUCAAGGUGGAUGGGUUCCACUUGCAAUUGCCGGAGUAUUUCUUACUGUUAUGUAUGUUUGGCAUUACGGUACAGUGAAGCGCUAUGAGUUUGAAUUGCAUAGCAAAGUCUCAAUGGCAUGGAUUCUUAAUCUCGGUCCUAGUUUAGGACUAGUCCGUGUCCCUGGAAUUGGUUUAGUCUAUACUGAGCUCGCGACCGGAGUUCCCCACAUAUUUUCUCAUUUCAUUACAAACCUACCAGCCAUUCAUUCAGUUGUUGUUUUCGUCUGUGUGAAAUAUCUUCCUGUCUACACUGUCCCAGAAGGUGAACGGUUCCUUAUCAGGCGUAUCGGACCAAAUAAUUUCCAUAUUUUUCGGUGUGUGGCGCGAUAUGGAUAUAAAGACCUGCAUAAGAAAGACGACGAUUUUGAGAAGAAGCUCUUUGACAACCUUUUCAUGUCUGUUAAACUCGAGUUGAUGAUGGAAUGUUCCUCGGAUUCGGAAUACAGCCCAUGUGAACCGCUAAGUGAACAGUCGAAACAUUUCACAGUGAAUAACAAUGAAAACACAACUUCAUCGAGUAAUGCGGAUUUCUCAAUUUCAUCGGUAGAUUCGGCAAUUCAUUCAAGAUCACCAUCUUAUGUGAAUAUUACUAUUCAAUCUUCUGAUAAUUGUACUGAGGUUGAUGAACUUGAAUUUUUAAACAAGUGUAGAGAAGCUGGUGUUGUUCACAUACUUGGAAAUACAGUUGUGAGGGCUAGUAGGGAAUCAAGUUUCUACAAGAAAAUAGCUAUUGAUUAUAUAUAUGCAUUUCUUAGGAAAAUAUGCAGGGAAAAUAGUAUGUUCUUAAAUAUUCCUCAUGAGAGUCUCUUAAAUGUUGGUCAAGUUUUCUAUGUAUAA